AUGGCCGACGAGAUUACUGGAGCCGACCGCGCGGUCAGCUCCCACAGCAAGCAAAAGGUCGAGACAUUGGAGAGUCAACCACCGGCUCAACAGUAUCUCAAUGCUCGCUCCAUGGACCCAGAGCACCGCGCCCGCGUCGAGAAGUCGCUCAAGCGAAAGCUCGACGCUCGCAAUGGUCUCUUCAUCAUCCUCUAUAUUCUCAACUACCUGGACCGCAACAACAUUGCAGCCGCUCGUCUCAAGGGUCUACAGGCUGACUUGGGUCUCGACUCGACGCAGUACUCAACCUGCUUGUCGAUUCUGUAUGUGGGAUAUAUCUUGAUGCAGGUGCCGUCCAACAUCUUGAUCAACCGCAUCUCGCGCCCGUCUGUCUACAUUGGAUGCUCCAUGUUGAUCUGGGGUGUGAUCUCUACCCUGUCCGGUAUCACCACCAACUUUACCGGCAUGGUCUUGACUCGAUUUUUCCUUGGCUUUGUCGAGGCCGCCUUCCUCCCCGGUGCCUUGAUGAUCCUGUCAAAGUGGUACACGAGAAGAGAACUUACGACGAGGAACGCCAUUCUCUUUUGUGGUAACCUCAUUUCAAAUGCCUUCUCGGCCCUUAUUGGCGCCGGUGUGCUGUCAAACAUGCAGGGUGUCCUCGGCCACGCUGCAUGGAGAUGGCUGUUCUGGAUUGAGGGUGCCAUCACCAUGUUCUUUGCCCUCACAGCCAUUGUCAUCCUGCCUGACCUCCCGACCAACUCGCGUGGCUUCACCGCCGAGGAGCUCGAGGUCGCUCAACUUCGCAUGCUCGAGGAUGUCGGCGAGGUUGAUGAGGAUUCCGCCGAGCAAGGUGUCUUUUAUGGUCUGAACAUGGCCAUCAAGGAUAUCAAGGUCUACGUCAUGAGCAUAACCUUUACGGCCUACGUUGUUGGACUGUCGUUCAAUGCCUUUUUCCCUACACUCACUGGAACGCUCGGCUUCGACUACGUUCCCACUUUGCUCAUGUCCGCUCCUCCGUGGGUGUUUGCCUGUCUCAUGUCUCUGAUCAACGCCUGGCACGCGGACAAGACUGGAGAAAAGUUUUGGCACAUUGUCGGCCCCAUCUGCGUUGGUCUGGUGGGUUUCGUCAUUAGCAUGUCGACGCUCAACAUCGCCGCCCGCUACGUCGCCCUGUUCCUCCAGGCCAGCUCGUACGCCGGCUUCAUUGUCUUUUAUUCGUGGAUCUCGUCCACGUUCCCUCGUCCUCCCGCCAAGCGAGCCGUCGCCAUUGCCUUUAUCAACGCCUUCUCGCAGCUCGGAAACGUGGCCGGAUCAUACGUGUGGAACCUCAGCGACAAUGGCUACAGAAAGUCGUACGGUAUCGUGCUUUCCAUGUUUGGCGUUACCAUUUUCGGAUGCUUUGUCAUCCGCCAGAUGCUCAUCAGGCUCAACAAGAAGCUCGAGGCUGGCGAAGGUGCUUGGGAUGUCCAGCCCGAUGUUGCCCAGCACACGGCUGAUCUGGAGCACGUGGAUAAUGAAGAGGCAAUGAAAAUGGUCAAGGGCUUCAGAUAUCUGGUUUAG